AUGUCUCCUUGUCAAGCAAGUGUAUCCGAUUCAACCCCAGAAACAGCUGCUGCAACAUUUUCUUCUAGUGAAAAAAUGUGGAAUGAGAAUAUUUCCUAUUUUGAAAAUCGUCCACUGAAAUUAGAAGAAAGCGCAGAAAAUAUUGCAAAUUUCUCAAAGUCUGAUAAAGAAAUAAAAUAUUUUGAGUCUAUAUUUACAGAGGAGCUGUUGCUUCAUAUUUGCAAUCAGACAAACUUAUAUGCAAGGCAGGAAAGGUGUGUUGUGAGGUCAGGGAAGAAAACAACCAAAGUAUCUUCCAACUGGCAGGACAAUACUGUUCCUGAGCUAAAAGCUUUUUUGGGAAUGCUUAUUUUGAUGGGUGUUCAUCAGCUUCCAGAACUCGGAAAUUGUUGGAGCAGUGACCCUAUUCUUGGAGUAACUGCUAUCUCAUCGGUCAUGACAAAGCUUCGAUACAAAAAAAUUGUUGAGAACCUGCAUUGCAAUGACAACAGCACGUGUGUCAAAAAAGGGAAGCCAGGUUAUGACAAGUUGCACAAUAUUCGACCUGUCAUCAGAGCAAUAUCAAAUAAGCUUUGUAAAGUCUACAAACCAUCUUCUGUUUUAGCAGUUGACGAAUGUAUGGUGGCCUUCAAAGGACGGUCAACACUCAAACAAUAUAUGCCAAUGAAACCAGUGAAGCGUGGAUAUAAAGUGUGGUGCUUAGCUGAUGCUAGUACUGGGUUCAUCAUAAAUUUCGACAUCUACACUGGAAAAAGAGAUACAAAUGAUACAUCCGAGUUUACUUUGGGUGAAGAAGUUGUGCUUACUCUAACAAAGGCAAUGGAUGGCAGCAAGAGGCUGGUAGCUUUUGACAAUUAUUUUACAACAGUACGAAUAAUGGAAGAGUUACAGUCUCAUGGACUUUACGGCAUCGGAACUGUUCGUCCAAACAGGAAGGAUUUGCCUGAUAUGCCGAAAAAAAUUCCAAGCUUAGCAGGGGAGAAUUCGAAUUUGCUGCCAGGUCAUGUGUUGCAGCAGUGA